GUGCUGGAUGCUAUGAUGAACAAGGUAAUGGCAUUAAGAUUGGGAAAUGGAUUGAUUUGGAUGAUAGAUAUUUUUGUUAGAAAACAGUAAUUUAUAAAGGUGAAUAUAAAAAUGGUAACAAAAUUGGUAGAUGGAAUGCUUUUUGGAUUUCAGGAUUUGAAAUGUAGAUAUAAAUUACAUAAUUAUAUUUAUAGAGGUGGGGGAUGCUAUAAUAAACAAGGAGAUGGCAUUAAGAUUGGGAAAUGGAUUGAUUUGGAUGAUAGAUUUUAUAGUUUGAA